CCAUCCUGCAACAUUAACAAGACCUACUAAUCAAAGACUUAAAAAUGAGGUUGCUCGCAGUUUCUUUCCUCCUGGCAUCCUGCAUCCUGAGUUCACAAUGUAUAAUGGUUAAGGACAGUGGGUUUAGCUUUAAGCUGGAGGCUGUAAAGAUCCUAAAGCAGCUAAUGGAAGCUCUUGGAAAUGAAAAUGAUCAUGUUGCAAGCACUCCAGUGCCUCUCUGUGUCAACCCAGAUCUCCCUGAAGACUUUCUGGAAUUGUGCCUGCGAGAUGAUCAUGACAAAAUCUUUACAAAUCUGGUUCAAAUCAUCACACCUCUAGACCCAUGUGAGAUCUGUGCAAAUGCUGCCUGCACUGGAUGUGUGUUUAAUAACAUUUAACUCACCAGCUCUCAAAGAUGUAUUUGUUUAUCUUGUUCUGUUCUUUUUCUUUGCUUAGUUGCUUAUGUGAGAGAGAUGGAAGAUUUUUUUUUCUAUAAGCUAUCAAAACCUGAUGUUUAUAAGUUUCACUACAUUUGUCUUAUUUUAUGUUUCUAAAUUUGCAAUUAAUUCUACUACUUCUACUACUAUGUCUUCUACUACUACUACUACUACUGCUUCUACUACUACUGCUUUUACCAAUACUAAUACUACUACAACUAAUUAUACUAUUACUUCUACUACUACUACUA